AUGCUCUGGGCCUGGUGCCUAGUUUGUAAUGGACUGUCAGACACUCAAUUGAACUCUUCAAUGCCACAGAUGGCUCCAGACAUAGGAAAACACGUAGGCAAUCAGGACUUUACCCGCGCGACGGCGGUCAUCAUCGGAGCUGGCAUCUCCGGAAUAUGCACGGCCAUUGACCUCAUCAAACGCAGCAAGUGCCAUAACUUUAUCAUCCUGGAGAAGAGCAGCGGGGUGGGAGGGACAUGGAACGAUAACCGCUACCCGGGAUCAUGCUGCGACGUCUGGAGUUCCCUGUACAGUUACUCGUUUGAGCAGAAGGCAGACUGGACCAGGGAAUACCCAGGUCAAGAGGAGAUCUUGGAUUAUCUGAUUGGCGUCGCUCAAAAGUACGGCCUAUACAGGUACAUCCGGUUCAACUCGGCUGUGGAGGAAGCACGAUGGGACGAAGCCGACCUCAAAUGGAAGGUCGGAGUCCGAGUCUCCGGAGGAAAAGAUAGCCAGUACCUGGAGUCGUAUGAAAUCACCACCGACUUUCUCAUUUCGGCUGUCGGACAGCUGAACGUCCCACGCAUGCCUGAUAUCCCCGGACUGGACGACUACAAGGGCAAACUGAUGCACUCCGCCCGGUGGGACUGGAGCUUCGACUGGACGGGGAAGAGAGUCGCCGUGAUCGGAAACGGCGCAACCGCCGCCCAAAUCAUCCCCGAAAUUGCCAAAACCGCCGCGCACGUUUCCGUCUACCAGCGCACCCCCAACUGGGUCAUGCCGCGUCUCGACAGGCCCGUGGGUGCGGUGCAAAGAGCCCUGCUGACAUACAUCCCGCCCAUCCGGUGGCGGAAGCGCGCGCUCAUGAUGGACUUCCGGGAGUGGUUCUUCGAGGCCGUGGUUGAUAGGAACUCGGCGCUGUCGGAUGUGAUCCGCAAAACGUGUCUUGAGAGCAUGCGAGCGCAGUUGCCCGACAGGCCGGAUUUGUGGGAUGUGUUGACGCCGAAUUACUCGCCGGGAUGUAAACGGGUGAUCAUCUCGGACGAUUUUUACCCGACACUGGGACGGGAGCAUGUCGCCCUAGAAACUCGUCCCACCCAGCGGAUUACGGAAACGGGGAUCGACACUGCCGACGGCGAGACCAAGGAGUUUGACCUCAUUGUUGCGGCGACGGGGUUCAGAACGGUCGAGUUCAUGUAUCCCAUCCGCAUUCAGGGAGCGAAUGGUCGGUGUCUGUCGGAGAUCUGGAAGGAGGGGGCGAUGGCGUACUACGGCGUAACGGUGGAGGAUUUGCCUAAUUUCGCCAUGUUAUAUGGGCCAAACACAAACCUUGGUCAUAACUCGAUUAUCCUGAUGAUCGAGGCUCAAUCGAGGUAUAUCAGCGUGCUCGUCCGCCAGAUACUCCAGGCGCAGAAGGACGGCAGGAGUCUGGCAGUACGACCUAAGCCUGAAGCUGUGCAGAAGUUCAACGAAGAUAUUCAGGCGGCCCUGAAGCGGAGCUCUUUUGGCGACCCCAACUGCAGCAGUUGGUACAAGACCGAGGAUGGACGCAUCACCAAUAACUGGCAUAGUACGGUUGUUGACUACCAGAACGAGCUGUCCAGCAUCCGGUGGGAUGACUAUAUCGCCGAAGGAACCGGCAAGUCUCUGAUUGCAAAGAAGAAGGAAAUGCACAUUGGACGGGUGAGAGAGGAGACGUGGAUCAGCAACACCUCGCUUCUUUGGGGUGUGGCCAGUGUGGCUGUGGCAUUGGGAGGAUACUAUCUCAUGGGGAGUGCUUUGAUCAGAGGAAAUCGAGUGAGAUGA